UCACGUGACCGCGACGUCACCGGCGAAAUGGCCGCCUCCUGUCAGUAAAACCAACACAAGGUCCGAAACCUCGAGAAAAACGCGUGUUUUUGUCAACCGCCGCAAGAGUCGCGUCCAAAAGGAGAAUCCACCAGACAGAAACAUGUCUCCAAAGAUCACAGGAGAGCUGCUCAGGCAGCUCCGCCAGGUGAUGAAGAACUGUAAAUACUUCUCUGAACCUCUCCAGGCGUACAUUGUUCCCUCUGGUGAUGCACACCAGAGUGAAUACAUUGCACCAUGUGACUGCAGACGGGAAUUUGUGUGUGGAUUCAACGGCUCAGCAGGUACGGCCAUUGUGACGGAACAGUAUGCUGCCAUGUGGACCGACGGCCGUUACUUCCUUCAAGCCAGCCAGCAGAUGGAUAACAACUGGACUCUCAUGAAAAUGGGGCUGAAGGAAACACCCUCUCAGGAGGACUGGCUGAUUAGUGUCCUGCCAGAGAACUCCAAAGUGGGAGUCGACCCGUGGAUCAUUGCUGCAGACCAGUGGAAAACCAUGUCCAAGGCGCUGAACAGUGCGGGACACUCUCUGGUAGCUGUGCAGGACAACCUCAUCGAUGCGGUGUGGACUGACCGCCCUCAAAGACCCAGCACACAUCUCCGUACUUUGGGAUUGGACUACACGGGUAUGUCGUGGCAGAAUAAAAUCGCAGCUCUGCGAGCCAAGAUGACUGAAAGGAAAAUCACCUGGUUCGUUGCGACAGCGCUGGACGAGAUAGCAUGGCUGUUCAACCUCCGUGGUGCAGAUAUUGAGUACAACCCUGUCUUUUUCGUGUAUACGAUUGUGGGGAUCAACACAGUAAGGCUUUUUGUAGACCAAAAGCGUCUGGCCGAUAUGUCGCUGAGAGAGCAUCUCCAGCUGGAUUCGCCCAGCAAGCCUGAGCUGCACAUCAAGACGUUACCGUAUGAAUCGGUGUACACAGAGCUGCAGGCCGUCUGCGCCGCCCUCGGCCCCAAGGACAAAGUGUGGAUCUGUGACAAGGCCAGUUGUGCUCUCACGCAGGUCAUCCCCAAGGCUAACAGAUCUCCUAUUCCCUACACACCCCUCUGCCUCGCCAAGGCGGUGAAGAACGCGACUGAGAUUGAAUGCAUGAAAACUGCUCAUAUCAAGGAUGCAGUCGCUCUUUGUGAACUCUUUGCUUGGUUGGAAAAAGAGAUUCCAAAGGGCACGGUGACAGAAAUCUCUGCUGCUGACAAAGCGGAAGAACUACGCAGCCAGCAGAAACAUUUUGUGGGCCUCAGUUUCCCCACAAUCUCCAGUGUUGGUCCCAAUGCAGCAAUCAUACAUUACAGACCUUUACCUGAGACCAACAGAACGCUCACCGUCAAUGAAGUGUAUCUGAUUGACUCUGGAGCUCAGUACAUUGACGGUACCACAGAUGUCACUCGCACCGUGCACUUUGGGACGCCGUCUGCAUAUGAAAAGGAAUGCUUUACGUAUGUACUAAAGGGACACAUUGCUGUCAGUGCCGCAGUCUUUCCCAAUGGAACCAAGGGCCACCUGCUGGACUCGUUUGCACGAGCUGCCCUGUGGGAGUCGGGCCUGGACUACCUUCACGGUACAGGUCACGGCGUCGGCUGCUUCCUCAAUGUCCACGAGGGACCCUGUGGCAUUAGCUACAAGACCUUCGCUGAUGAACCUCUGGAGGCAGGCAUGAUCGUCAGCGAUGAACCGGGCUAUUAUGAAGAUGGAGCUUUUGGCAUCAGGCUUGAAAAUGUGGUUCUUGUUGUCCCAACUAAGCCCAAAUACAAUUACAGAAACCGUGGCAGCUUGACAUUUGAGCCCUUGACUCUGGUUCCCAUCCAAGUCAAGAUGAUGAACACAGAGCUGCUCACACAGAAGGAGUGUGACUGGGUGAACCACUACCACAGGACUUGUCGGGAGGUGGUCGGAGCGGAACUGCAGCGUCAGGGAAGGAAGGAGGCGCUGGAGUGGCUCAUCAGAGAAACCCAACCCAUCAUGUGAGCAAAAACAUUGGCCAGGACUAUUGUGCCAACUGGUGCUGUGCAGUCAUCAUUGUUUGUAUUAAUAUUAUUACAGUAUAUGUCUCUCCUUCCUCUGUGGCUCUUCUUUUCUAAACAUGCAUUGUAUUAAGACUUUUAUUAAAGACCAGUGAAAACUA